CGGUUUGGAUUUCGAUUGUUCCCGUUGGCCGGCGUGGCUGUCAAUCAAGCGGGAGGCGUCUUGGCCCUCUCUUGGACUCAAAAAAAGGGGCCAGCUCUAAAGCCCCGCCCCUUUCUGGCUCGUGAAGGGAACAGUGAAGCCUGCGAGUCGAGCCUCUUCCGAAGAGUUCCUUCUCGCGUUUGCCGCGCCCGCCCGGUCACAUUUCUGCACGCGGCCGCCUUGAUAGGUUUUGCUCUCCUGUGAUGGAAAGCCGCUUGGGCUUCAUCCUCGCCACAAUCCGCCUGCGACAGGGGCAAAAUCGGAUCAGAGGGAGCUUACAUUACUCCGACCCGUGCUUCCAAUUACUGCCCGCGUUCAGGAUUUUCCCUUGAGCACCAAGAAUGCUACUAGAAUGCAUUUGGGAACACAAUGACUUUUGCCUUCCUGAUCCGCGUCUUCCUGUUCCUUUGAUGGUUUUGCAAUCAGAUUAAUUCCAAAGAAACUCUUUCCAAAAUCAUGACUGAAGAAAAGAAUCUUGGAGUCUCUCAGAAAGUUUUAUCACCUUCAAGAAGUACCAGCAGCAGUUCUUCUAAGCAGGGAAGUAGACAGGACAGCUGGGAAAUUGUAGAAGGACUGCGGGGAGCCAUGAAUUACACACAGGAACCACAAAAACAGGAAGGCUACCUGCUGAAAAAAAGGAAAUGGCCUCUGAAAGGCUGGCACAAGAGAUGCUUUUUUCUGGAUAGAGGAAUUCUGAAGUAUGCAAAGAGCCCAGCUGAUAUAGAGAGGGGGAAGCUUCAUGGAUGUAUAGAUGUUGGGCUUUCAGUGAUGUCUGUGAAGAAAUCAACAAAAUGUAUAGAUUUGGAUACAGAAGAACAUAUUUAUCAUUUAAAGGCAAAAUCUCAGGAAGUCUUUGAUGAAUGGGUACGGCAGCUUCGACAUCAUAGAAUGUAUCGUCAAAAUGAAAUCUCCAUGUUUCCACAUGAUAUCAACAAUCAUUUCUUCCCAGCAUCAUCUUCUAUUACAGACUCAGUAACUGGCUUUUUGGAGUCCCCAACAAGCAGAAAGAGAGGCACCCUGACACAACAGAAUUCAGUGCAGACUGGAAGUAGUUUGUCAUUCUCCUGUUCAGCCAAUGAGUCAAGGAUCCCACCUUGGCUACAUUCUUCUGAAGAGAUGGAAAGAUGCUCCAAAGAACUCUCCCAUUGUCACAGCUAUCUCUUGGAGAUGAGCCAGCUUUUGCAAAGCAUGGAAGUUCUCCAUAGGACAUACUCAGCACCUGCCAUAAAUGCCAUGCAGGGCAUCCCUUUUGAAAGUCCUAAAAAGGAAAAAAGGUCCCACAGAAGGUGGCGUUCCCGAGCCCUUGGUAAAGACACUAAAGCAAUGUUGCAGGUACCAAGUGUUCUUUCUGCUCCACUGAGGCUGCAUGCUUCCAAUCCUAAUUUAUCUACAUUAGAUUUUGCUGAAGAGAAAAUUUAUUCGAAUGGUUCUGAGACCACAUCGGAGUUUUCUAAAAUGCAGGAAGACCUGUGUCACAUAGCACAUAAAGUGUACUUUACCUUAAAGUCGGCUUUUAGUACAAUAUCAACUGAGAGAGAGAAGCUAAAGCAGAUGUUUGAUCAUGAUGCCGUCUCAUCUCCAUCUGCUCAGAUAGUUGGACUGAAGAAUGCCUUAUCAUCUGCCAUAGCACAAAACACAGAUCUUAAAGACCGGUUACGCAGAAUACAUGCCGAAUCUAUGCUUCUUGAUUCAGCAGCUAAUGCAAAAUCCAACCCUGAUUUGGCAAAGGAAAAUUCAGAAGACGAAAGCAGAGGACUAGUUCACCAGCUUUCCAAUGAAAGUCGCCUGUCUAUAACAGAUUCUGUCACAGAGUUUUUUGAUGCACAGGAAGUCCUGCUGUCUGCAAGCUCUUCAGAAAAUGAGGUGUCUGAUGAUGAUUCAUAUGCCAGUGAUAUCAGUGAUAACAUCUCUGAAGACAACUUAAGUAAUGACAUAGAAAAUGAAAGGCAACCCCUCGACUGUGUUCCUGAUGGUCGUGUAGAAAGUCAUUCCAAGCGGAGAACCUGUCUGCCAGCUCCGUGCCCCAACACGAGCAACAUCAGCCUCUGGAACAUUCUUCGGAAUAAUAUAGGGAAAGAUCUCUCCAAGGUGGCUAUGCCAGUGGAGUUGAAUGAACCCCUGAACACUUUGCAGCGGCUCUGUGAGGAACUGGAGUACAGUGAAUUGCUGGACAAGGCAGCACACACACCAGACAUGUUCGAAAGGAUGGUGUAUGUAGCUGCAUUUGCUGUCUCUGCCUAUGCUUCCAGUUACUACAGAGCUGGAAGUAAGCCGUUUAAUCCUGUGCUUGGAGAAACCUAUGAAUGUGUCCGGGAAGAUAAGGGCUUGCAGUAUUUUUCUGAGCAGGUCAGUCAUCAUCCACCUAUAUCUGCAUGUCAUGCUGAAUCUGACAACUUUGUGUUUUGGCAAGAUAUCAGGUGGAAAAACAAAUUCUGGGGGAAAUCUAUGGAAAUUGUGCCAGUUGGUACGACCCAUGUAACAUUGCCAGCUUUUAAGGACCACUAUGAAUGGAAUAAAGUGACAUCUUGUAUUCAUAAUAUCUUAAGUGGACAGAGAUGGAUAGAACACUAUGGAGAGAUCAUAAUCAAGAAUCUGAAUGACAGUAGUUGCUGCUGCAAACUUACUUUUGUCAAGACGAAAUACUGGAAUCACAAUGUUCAUGAGAUUGAAGGCAGUGUUUUAGACAAAAAUGGAAAAGUAGUACAUCGCCUUUUUGGGAAAUGGCAUGAGAAUAUAUACUGUGGAACACCAUCUGCAGCAAAUUGCAUCUGGAGAGCUAAUCCAAUGCCCAAGGAUUUUGAAAAGUGGUAUUGCUUCACACAGUUUGCAUUAGAGUUAAAUGAAUUAGAUCCACUUGUUAGACCCCUAUUACCACCAACCGAUACUCGUUUUAGACCAGACCAAAGGCUCCUAGAAGAAGGUAAUAUUGAAGGUGCAGAAAUGCAAAAACAGAGGGUUGAACAGCUGCAGCGAGAGCGGCGGAAGGUUCUAGAUGAAAACAAUAUGGAGCAUCAACCUAGAUUUUUUAGGAAAUCUGCGGAUGACUCCUGGGUUAGCAAUGGAACCUAUUUGGAACUUAGGAAAAAUCCUGGCUUUUCCAAGCUGGACAGUCCUGUUCUGUGGUGAUGAAAAGACAAAGAGGGAAGGACCUUUAAUAGUGGUUUUCUUACUAUCACUUAUGACAAAGAAAAUGCUGCAUAUCACCUUGGAUCUUCUAGAUUCCUGCUUGAUUAGGAUUUUUGACGUGCACCUUUACUUCAUUCCAUUUCUUCUGUAGCUAUUUUGAUAGUAACCACAAAUCUGUUUGAAUGUACAAAAAUGCUAAUUUUCUUUACAUAUGCUGUUUAAUAAGCGAUGGUUGAAUGUGUUUCUUAAGGGGGUGAUGAAGAUAGAAGCUUUAACACUAUUUGUUUUCCCCCAAAGGAUAAUGCAAGCUCAGGUUAAAUGCCUUACCCAGUUGUCUGAUAGACAGAAUUGGUCAGCAGCCUUGAGCUACAUUGUGGAAAUUGAAUAAACCCACUGAUUUCCCCCAAUAAGUUAAUACAGAGUUUCUCAAACUGUGCUCCUCCAGAUGUUUCAGCUCCCACAAUUCCUAACAGCUGGGUUGAGAUUUCUGGGAGCUGAAGUCCAAAACAUCUUGGGGAGCACAGUUUGAGAAACACUUAGUUAAGUUACCAAAGCUGGAAUGAGUGUAUUUAUUUAUUUAGUCUCUUGCCUAAGAUUGCAUCUUCAUGCUGGAAUCUUUUUUUAUGUUUUCUAAAGGGCAAUUUAGUAACCAUAGAUUUACUCCAUCAGAUAACAUAUCCUAAGAAAUAGUAUUAAGUGGUAGUAGCAUUGAUGGGUCUACUGCCUUACACAAAAGGGCACAGUCAUUUGGAAACUUCUCUUAUGUCUUGUUGAAAGGAAUGGAGGUUAAACCAUUGCAGAUUUCAACAGGGCUUGCACAGUAGACGUUGCAUCUAGACUGUGUCCCAAAAUUGUAUCAUAUUGUGUAAUGUGUAUAUGGAUAAUGUGCGGUGUUGACUAAACUUUCAGGGCACAAUCAAACCAAAACGAGUUAAGUCCUAUUAGGGGGGGGGGGGGACAUAGAAUGAAGGCCUAGUUACAAGCAACUAAAUUAUUUCUAGGUUGUGUUCUAAAACAUAAGAGAUGGAUACCAGUGACCAAAUAAAAAGAAACAUGGUUUUAUGUUUGCUAGAGCAAAAUGAGCUCUUCUUUGUAUUUCUUGCCUGGCUUGUUUCCAAAAAAAGAAGAAUAUGCUGGACAAUAGAAAGGCCCUCUUUCUUUUAAAAAAAUUAUUUGCAAAGAAGCUAAUUAUUAAGGGAUAGUUUUUUUCUGAAAAAAAAUAUUUUGGUAUUUUCUACCUCUUCUGAGCAGCAUAUUGUAUUUUUUAAAAAAGCUUAACCAUCUGCCUUAGGUAAAUGUAUGGAAUAUAUGAUCUUCCACCAACUGUUUUGUGUACAUUUGUCUUGCACUAAAAUUGUUGUAUUUUCUUCUGUAUCCUUUGUAAUGUCCUAAUAUUCCAUGAACAUAUUCAGCAUGUUGAAACAGGAAUUGGAAAUAGACAAAACAGCACUUUGAUAGGAGGUGGAAGUCUUUUGUUUUUGUGUUUAGUCACACUUUUACUGUAUCAUAUGCUUAUUAGAACAGGAAGCAUGUGCUCUAUAUGAUCUGGAGUAUUAGUUCCAUAAGUUUGCUCUGUGGCUUUCAGAUCUACUGAUGGCAAAUCAAGGCAAUGAGAUCUGUCAUUUUUACAGUGCAAAACGUUGGUUCCUGUAUAUUAUUUUGCUGUUUUCCUCUCCGUAUAUAGUAGUGUUUCUUGUACUCCAUUCCAGUGCUGUGUGUGGAAGCAAAAUGUCUUGAUUUCAGCAUGAAUAUGGAGAUCCUUCAUAUGUCAGCUGUUCCAAAUACUUCAGCAGAAGAAGGAUCUCCAUGCAGGUAUCUCAGCUGCAUGAAUUGAAGCUAUUCUUACUGAUGAAUGUGCUGGGAAAACUGGAGGCAGGUAAUUAUUUUCGCCCUUUGUGCUAUAAUAGCAAGGGUUCUUUAGCUCACAGUGGUUACGGUUACAGUUAAAGUGCAUGAGGAAGGCAUUUCUCACUGUAGAUAGCAUGCAAACACCAUUGUACAAAAUACAACAGCUGGCUACUUCUUGAAAUAUUUUAGGUAACUUGUUUACGGUUGCACAUCCAGUCGACAGUGAAAUUUAUCCUUAAAAUUAAAUAAUUUUGCAAAAUCUCUAAUUUAUCUAUGUCCCUGCAGUUUCUGUGAAGACCCUGUAAAUAUUGGGUCCAAUUAAUAUUUCAUCAGUACUUUACAAACUCUAAGGUUUUAUUUGACACCACUUGCCAGGUUUUCGGGCAUCUUUAUAAGAUCACAAAUUCUAAUUAUAUCAUGCCUAUCAUUCAGCCACAUGCCUCCUUAAAUUCUCAAGGGUGGCAAUCUUCUCAUUUUAUUCCUCUUAUCAAAUGCUAGAGCAAGUGAAGUUUGUACUCUCCAGAGUAACCAGUGCAGGGCAAACUGGCACUUUGUGUUUGUGGGGAAAAGAGUGGUUUUGAAUCAGAAGUGCUCCUAAGCCAUUCAUUGAAUGUUUGCUGCAAGUUCUCUGCUUAUUUCCAUAGAGAUUUCCAUAGAUACAGUUGAAAUUUCCAGUGUUGGUUUUUCUUUGUAAUCCUUUUUUACUCUUCCCCUUUCUGCUCAUCUACCAAGUUCAACUUCUCAGCCAUAUCCCACAUUUUGAUCAGUCUCUGUUCAACUCGGCGGUUUUUUGUUGUCAUUAUGCCCUAAUUGGUAUGUCUUGUAUUUUUCUUUGGGACUAGUUCUUCUUGAAGGCAAUGAUCAUUGUGUUUCUUUGUAAAAUAAUGUCUCUUUUUGUGUCACUUUUACUGUGUGUUCUCUGGCAUAAAUAAUUUCUGUGUUUAUGGCCCAGACUAAUUAUUUAAUUUUGCCUUAUGCCUUCAAAAAUUAUUGAUUGGCUAGCUAUUCACCUUGGAAAUUACAGUUUCCAGCUGUCUUUCACUGCUUUAUACAAUGUACAGUCCAAAUACAAGUUUUAAUAUUUAAUAUAGCUUUUAACAAGAGUGCAUUCAUUGUCAUGAACAAAGAACUUACCAUAAUACAUGCAUUACUGAAUUGAAUUGAUGGGAUAUUUAUUUUAUUUUAUUUAUUUACAGUAUUUAUAUUCCGCCCUUCUCACUCCGAAGGGGACUCAGGGCGGAUCACAUUAUAACACACAUAGGGCAAACAUUCAAUGCCCAUAAACACAUCAAACAGAGACUGAGAGACACACGCAGAGGCAAGUUAACCUUCUUCUGAGGGGAUGUUCGAUUCUGGCCACAGGGGGGAGCAGCUGCUUCAUCAUCCACACUGACGGCACUUCCUCAUUCCAGGUCGUAAAUUAGUUAAUCUUGCCUCCCCACUUAUAAGUGGUACCUUAUCUCCUACUUGAUAGAUGCAACUAUCUUUCGGGUUGCUAGGUCAGCAACGAGCAGGGGCUAUUUUUUAUUUUUAAUUGACGGGUGCUCACCCCGCCACGGGCUGGCCUCGAACUCAUGACCUCAUGGUCAGAGUGAUUUAAGGCAGCUGCUCAACAGCUGCGCCACAGCCCAGCCCAGCCCGGCCCGGAUAUAAACUAGUCUCCACAAUUCUAAAAGGAAACUGAUCUAUUAGAUGUUUCAAAAAUAUUUUGUUUGUUUUUUGUCAAAGACUUAUCUGGACCAAUUUCUAUGAAUAGGCAUCCCUGUCUUGGAAGUCAGUCAUUCAUAAAGUCAGCUUAAGUCAAAGCCAACUUGAUAGCAAUUAGCAAUCUUAUUGCCAUUAUUUGCUGAUAUUUUCUGGUAUGGGGAACUGGUGCAAAAUGAAAUGGUCACAGGGUUUUUUUUUCAUGCUACACAGUUAUAGCACUUUAACUGCAUCCUACAAUAUCCUGGGAUUGUAGUUUGAGAAGAUAAUACAGUUCUGUUAGACAGAAUUUUAAAUGAUUUGUGAAACUGCAAAUCCCAGGAUGCCAUAGGAUGGAUCCAUAGAACUUAAAGUGUUGUCAAAAUGCUGUAUUUGUGCAGUGUCCUCCUCCAAAAAGGGACUUGUCAUAUCAGUUGGUUUUUUUUAUAUGCAUUACAUCCAGUAUUGAAUAUUUUUAGACUAUAUCUUAGCUUCAUGUGGACUUAUCCUUCUCACAUUGACAUAAGGCUCUGGUUCAAUCCUUUAUACCAGGAAUAGGAAGCAUCCUGAGUUAAAGGGGCCACGCUAGAUCCAAAAAUUCAUCUAGGACUGCAUUGCUUCUAUUGCUGAAAUUGACUGUCAAAAACUAUUGCAAUAGCUCUCAUUAGUUUAGGAGGCUGCCAGAUGGUGGUUUGUUCUACUGGCGAUCAGGGCAAAGCAGGCUGGUGCUUCAGCCUCCUUCCACCAACAAUCUGCAGGUAAACAUUUGGACAGAGGCCUGCUUCUGAUUAUCACACCACAGAUUGUAGUUAAGAGGGCUGAAAAUGACAUUUUGCAACUCCCCAAUCCCCAAUAGAAUAUACCUCCAUAGCUUGGUGGGCUUGAGGUAGUAAUCGUGGCACUAGUACAACAGUCAUAAACAUGAACACUGAACAGUUAUGAAUACGUAAAUCUAAUUUAUGCAUUCAUAAUUGUUCAACAAGAUGCCUUUUUUCCAAAGCAAUGGGAGAGACUCUUAAUUGUCUAAAACGAAAUUAGAGUCUUUUUCAUACACAUUUGGAUCUUUUUGGAAUAAUUCUACAAUUUAUUCUACAGAGUUCAAGAGAACUGUCGGUGCAUCUAACUAAGCAACCGGUGUAGGUGCAGACCGCUAUCCCACUGACUUUGAAUAUUAGGCAUUCUGAUCUUUCAAUAUUUUGGAGUAUUUAAAAGAUGCAGGUAUAUCACUUGGGAUUAAAUCACAGAAUUCGUUUGGUCCAGUUGAAAUUAUGUACUUUUUGAAUGUUCAAAUUUUAACUGCUCUUACUGCAUGAGAUAGUUUGUGACAGCUUCAAGACUGCAAUUUACAUGCCAGAAAAUGAAAAAGGAAACAUUUUGGCAGCUGCUAAGAACUCAUAUUUGAUUUUGCUGCAAAGCACUUAAAGGUUGUGUCAGGUAUCUGAAUAGCUGCACUGAUAAAACUAUUGGUUCUGCUGACACCAAGUUGUCUGUCUUAAGGAAUAGUACAAGGGAAACAACUUCUUUUAUGCACAGAACUAGUGAUGGAAAUAUCAACUUCAUUCCAUUCAAAGCUUCAGAGUUAUUUUAUGUUUUGACACCACUGGCUGCAAUCUGAAAGCACUCUUAAAUCUUGAUAACCUGGGGAAGGAUACAAAUAAAAUCUUUGAUAUCUCUACACAUACAUUUCUGGACGUUAUGACAUUCAUAUUUGUUACAUUUGAGCAAUUAUUUACUGUUUGUUUUAAAUUAACAGUUUCAAGUGACCUGAAGAUCUACUUAGUAGUUAAUAUAAUUCUACAGUGUUCAAAGAUAUGAGCAUUUUUAGUAGAAGUCAACUCAUGGUUGUUGAUUUACCAUGUAUCCUAUAGUUUUUUUCACAGCUGCACUCCUAAUUGCAUUCUUUUCCAAACCAUAGAAAUGAAAUGCAUCCUGUUAUCAUUCUAUACAAAGAGAACAGUAUAAAUGCAGUAUUUAUAAAAUUUUAAAAACCGGACUCUGAUAUCAAAAGUGAGGUUUUGAGGGAUAAUAUUGGAGUUCUGUUUACCUUUUUCUAAAGUUGGGAAAAUCUUAGCUCUUGAAAACAGAAAGCUUUCACUGAGGUAAUUUAAAAUAAAAGGAAAUGGACUUCUUAUGGGAACUUACAUUCUUAUUUCCUCAUGAUUAAUUUGUCAGAUAUAUAAAAAGCCAUGCAUGUACCCUCCAUGUAGGGGAUAUGCACACAGAACAUCCCCUCCUUUAAUGUGAAUGAAGCAUCUCUUGUUAAUUGAGAAUAUUCUACACAAUGAAUUUACAUACCUGCCUUGCAAUAUAUCAGUAAUGGGGGGGGGGGGUGUACAAACAAUUCAGCUUGAAUGUAUAAACUACAGAGAGAAUCUCAUUGAGGAUAGUUAAUAUCCCGAAUAUUUCUCCCUUUGCUACUAUUCAGCAUGGAAAAUGAUUCCCAAGUCAUUUAAAUACAUUAUGUUAACCCUUAAAGAGAAUUUUAAGGUGGCUCACACUAUUUAGAGAUACAGAUUAACCAACCCUUAUGCAGAAUUCAGAAAUUCAAAAUUCUCUGAAAUCCUCAGCUGGCCUCAUGGUGCCUACAAUGGUGACACCUUUGCUUAAUAAUGUUUUGUGUACACAGAUUUUGUUUCAGAAACAAAAGUAUUUCAAAUAUUUAUGAAAUAACCUACAGGUUAUGUGCAUAAAAUGUAUAUGGAACAUAAAUGAAUUUCGUGUUUAGAUUUGGUUCCCCUCUCCAAAAUAUUUCAUUAUCUGUAUAUUCACAUAUACAGAUUUUCCAAAAUCUGAAAGCAUCCAAAACCCCAAACACUUCAACUCCAGAGCUUUCUGGUUAAGGGAUAGUCAACUCAUACCAAAAUAACAAGAAACAAAAACCAUAUAUUGAAAGCAUUUUCAUUUAAAACUAAGACUGUGCAUUUUGAGAAACUUAACAUAUGCAUUUUGUCUCCAUUACCAUUUUGACACUAUUUUCACUGUAUGGUUCAGAAUGUUUUCCUGUGCUAUACAGGAUUUCCCCACAUUCAAUAUAGUAAAUAUGUAGCAAUGACCUGCCUUUCCUUUUGUCAAAGUUCUCUCUUUGCCUAAAUUAUGCAAAUAUGGAAAUUGAAUUAAAGUAUUUUUAGUUCAAGUAAAAUUGUCUUGAUGGGUUUGUGCACAUCUUUUCCUCAACCUUUUCUUUGAGUGGAAUAAAAUAAGCCUACUGUACUGUGAGGAUGAUAUUAUGGAUGCACUUUUUCUAGAAGGCCAUUUUAAUUGAAAAGUUAAGUUUUAUAUCUGCCAUUUGAUCACCAACCAUGCUAAUGUACAACCUCUCCCUUUUCCUUACAGCAGCUGUUUUUUUCAUUUCCCAAUUCAAAAAGCAAUACAUUGAUUGUUGUUUCUGCUUUCUUUAUGCAGUUGUUAUAUUAAUCAGCUUUUAACCCUUAAUUUUUUUUAACAAUGGUAAGCAAUCUUAUUUCACUUUAAACUCCUGUAAUGGACUUGUGAGAAUCCCAGCUCUCUCUACAACUGCAGAUUCAACGUUCUCACUUUUUCAGAAUCAGACAGAUCCUUUCACAUGUUGGUUUUCUGCUUAUAUAGUAUGUGCAAACAGAAUUUAUUACUGCUAUGAAUCUGUAAUUAUACAAAUGAAAGUCACACAAUAAGUUAAUUUUUAUUGGAAACUUCGAUUGGUCUGAACCUGCGAAUGGAUUGUAUCUUACCAUUAAUGUUACACUUCCAUGACUGCCACAUUGUGGAACCGUUGUUUUAAUAACUGCAAUAUUCUUGUCUUCCAGUUUUCUUUGGUAUGUUUUUCAUUUUAUACACUGUCCAUCUGUAAACAUUCUGGCUCAUCUUAAAGUGUGAAAUAUGGUGUGUAUUUUAUCUGUAACCAAACUAGGUACACAUUAAUAAAUAUUACAUCUAAAAAUCA